ACUUAUGGUUUCCUACUUUAAGCUAAUCACCGUAUCUAUUUAUUGAUUCCAAUUGGAGAAGGAAUAUACAAACCAAAAUUAUUUUUUGGAUAUCAUUAUUUGACUUUCUCAUUUAUAUCAAAAUUGUUUCUGUCUCAAAUAUUUGGCUGUGAAAUGGCACACUCCAUGCGUUACUUUGCUACUGUGGUACUUCUAGCAAUGCUUGUCAUGGCUACUGAGAUGGGAUCGAUGCAAAUUGCAGAGGCAAGAGCUUGCCAGUCCCCGAGCCGCCAUUUCAAGGGGGAAUGUUUGAGCGAGAACUGCCUCGACGUCUGUGAGGCAGAAGGAUUUACCGAUGGCGAAUGUCUUGGACCCCACUUCCGUUGCAUAUGCUCUAAGCCAUGUUAAUUAAAAGUAUUAUUAUUCACAUAUGUAAAAAAGAUGUUUGUGAGAAAUUCUUGGAUAAGAUGGUUCAAAGUUUGUGCUA